UAUUUCAAUUUGGCUGAUUGUUGCAACUACUCUCGUUCAAUUAGCAGCUCGACACCUCACUCAGCAGAGCGUUCAUAUUUCAUGUAGUGCAAUUUAUAAAUUAAUUACUAAUCGCGUUUAUGGCAUGAAUGCCGCUCUUCCCGUUUCUCGAGAGAACGCGUCGGCAAAAAGCGUGUGUGUGUACUUAGCGCCGAGCAAUUUACUGCAACUGCGAGACGUCCAUAACAUAUUAGCUUUGGUUGUUUUUGCCCAUACCUCAAGGCUGCACUCAGGAUUUCAGUGUGGGCCUUGUGGUGUGUGCACACGCAUUGGGUCCUUGUGGGUCCUCGAAGGGCCCAGAGGCAUGAGAUUGAGGUAAGAGAUGGAUAAUGAGCAACCUCACCAGGAACUCGUCAAGUGCGUCGUGGUCGGCGACACGGCCGUCGGCAAGACGCGUCUCAUCUGCGCCAGGGCGUGCAACAAAAGGGUCUCCCUCGAACAACUGCUCACGACCCACGUACCCACCGUGUGGGCCAUUGACCAGUACCGCAUCUACAAGGAUGUUUUGGAGCAGUCGUGGGAAGUUGUCGACGGAGUCAACGUCUCUCUCCGACUUUGGGAUACAUUUGGAGAUCAUGAAAAGGACAGACGAUUUGCCUAUGGCAGGUCGGACGUGGUGCUGCUGUGCUUCUCGAUCACGAAUCCGGUGUCGCUACGUAACUGUCAGGCGAUGUGGUAUCCAGAAAUCAGACGCUUCUGCCCGCAGACGCCAGUCCUCUUGGUCGGCUGCAAAAACGACCUUAGGUACAUGUACCGCGAUGACGAGUACCUCAGGUUCUUCAGGGACCGCAGUCCGUUUGUGCGUCCGACGCGCAAAGCAGACUUGGUGAUGCCUGACCAGGCGAGGGCUGUCGCCAAGGAGCUCGGGCUGACCUACUACGAAGCCUCCGUGCUGACCCACUACGGAGUCAACGAGGUCUUCGAGAACGCCAUCAGGGCAGCCCUGAUUUGCCGCAAACAACAACGCUUUUGGAUGACCAAUUUGAAGAAGGUCCAGAGACCUCUACUGCAGGUUCCGUUUUGCCCUCCACCGCCAGCCCGACUCGAAGUGAGCAUGGUGUCCAGCCUUUUCGAAGAGCACAUGGGCGUGCUGCUCACACAGCAAGCGCACACAGAUGUCGUCUUCGUGGCUGGCAGUGUUGGUUUUGUGGCUCACCGCUUCUUGUUGGCGGCGGCCUCGCCCUCGCUGCACCGACUCUUCUGCAGCGCCGAUCCCGUGUGCGAGCUGGCCGCGGCCCGCAGCUCAUCGGAGACCAGCCUGGUACAGAUCCGACUAAAUUCCUCUGAAUUAAAUUCAUUAAAAAACCGAACCCAGGCCAGCACCUUUGGCGAGUCGGCAACCGGUGACUUCAACGAUGACACCGAACUGCUGUUGAUUGAAAACAACAAUAAAUCAAAUCAAAGGCUGUGGGACUUAAGUAAACGUAGAUCGAGUUGCCAAGUGUUUCCCAGCAUCCACCAUCAGAGAGUGAGCAUCAACAAAGAACUCAACCAUCCAGCCUUUCAGUCUAUCAGAAUUGAACAGUGCAACAGCAGAGAAGGCAGGGCCUGCACAUCGGCUGUGCAGACAGUGGUCACGCUGACAAAGCUCGUGAGCCCCUUGGCCAUGCAACAGUGCCUCAAGUUUCUCUACACUGGUACCAUAGACACCAGUAAACUCAGCGAAAUAGCCUCCAUACCUAUUGGACUUUUACUGGAAAUCCGUCUGGCUGCUGAAUUCAUGGAAUUGCCAGAGCUGUUGGUUUUCGUGACCAACAUUGAGAGAUGCGAGGAAUUCCUCAACGCUGAACUCAAGCAGCAAUAUCGAAAGGCUGUUCGAGCUCGCCUCCGUUCCCUUUGCCUUAGCCAGGGUUCUUUUUCGGACGUGAAAUUUAAAUUGGAAGACGGAACUAUUGCAGCUCACAAAGCUCUGCUGAUGGCUCGAUGUGACGUGAUGCGUGCAAUGUUUUCAGGAGAUUUCAGAGAGAGUGCUGCUAAAGUUGUCGAAUUUCCCGGUGUCAAGGAAGAGCCUUUUUCCCAGCUACUCCACUUCUUGUACACUGACGAAUGUCCACCUGGUUUGAGCAAGCACAGGUGCGUGGAUCUUCUCGAGCUGGCCAACCGAUUGUGCCUUCCGAGGCUGACUAGUUUGGUUGAGACCAAACUUGUGAGGGAAAUGCAGAAGGCCGUGGACGCCGGCUCUCCAGAGGACAUUACCGACACUUGUUUGAAACUCCUAGAGCCCUGCAAGUUGCACAAUGCUGAUCAGCUGGCAGACUGGUGCAUGAACCACUUAUGCACAAACUACAACAAGAUUUGCAAGUCAUUGCCAAAGCUGCUGAAGGCCUUACAUCCUGAAAACCAGGCUUACCUUUCUGAAAAUAGGUGGCCGCCUGUGUGGUAUGUCAAGGACUACGACUACUAUCAAAAGUGCUUGUUUGAGCGCGAGAAAGAGGAACGUCCGCCGAUGAAGACUCUGAAACGAAGCCGUCACAAUUCUGGGUGCCUGUGUUUCACUGGAAAAUCCCGCCGCGACUCGGACAAGCCUCUCGUCCCAUCCUCGAUUUAAUUUAAUUAUUGAUUCUCUGCUCUCAAACGAACGUAAUGCACGAAGUAAAAAUCGAACACGAGAUAAUAUAUAAUUAUUAUUAGAGUGCACUCUUGCAAUGGCAAAAUGUCCCCAAACUACACAAGUGUAAUCACUUUUCUUGUCUCAUCUCUGCGCAAAAGUCCUCAGCAAAUUUUCCGAUAUCAAGGCUGUUUUCUCGCUCAAAAUGCUGCAUUUUUGGAUAACUGAUUUCUUACCAAGUGGAAAUUUCAUUCUGGAUGAAUGAAAGAAACUUUGGAAAACAAAUUUUCUUCAGAAGUUAAUGAAAAUUGUUAAAAUGUCUGUUGUGCUUUGAAGGUUUUAGGGAAUAUCAUGAUCUAAUUCAAGAGCAAAUCUCAAAAAACGGUGUAAAUAUAUAUCGUUACAAAUUUUCAGAAGAUUCUUGAAAAGCCGUGACAAGCCUUCAUUUUUAUUUUUAUGAAUUUAGCUUGUGAAUAACUUUAGAGGCUUUGACCUAGAGCGGAUGUUACUCAUGCCGAUCGCAUUGUGUGCAUGGGACAGAUCUAGACUAUGUAGUUUCUAGUGAGAUGCAUAUAUGCUGUCAUUAUGUACUAGAGCAAAAUAUUACUCACACAUCAAUAUAGGCAUGAGAAUGGUGAAUGAGAAUUAUUACAAAAUAUGAAUAUACUAUCACACCUCUCACCCGUGAUCUCUCUUAGCUUACUGCAUUUUCAGAGAAAUUUUCCAAAAUGUGAUCAUUGCUCAUUGCAGAUGCUUUUGUUUGGUUUGCAUUUUAUUUAAGUGAUUUUAGUUUAUUGAAAUAUCGGUGCAUGUGGUGAAACACUUUUGGACUUUCCUUGACUUUUAAAUAAAAAAUAUAAGAGAUUUUAAACUUUCUAAAUCAUCAAUGCAUGUUUAAAACUAUAUUUAUCCAGCGAAAAAUUAUUUUAAAAGUGUUCGUUCUGCCGAACGGACAGAUUUACAAUCUUAAUUUAAACAUCAAUGAUUUUCAUCUCUAGUCACCAUUGAACAUUCAUUUCAAUGCGCCAAUUAUUUGCCAAAAUAAUCAGUGCGAUCAUUGGUCCGAGAUUUUAUUACCAACCUUUUUUAUUUUUCUAUAUUGCAAUAUGCAGCAUAUCGAUCUUUUCAAAAAAGAGCCAAAAGAUUUGACAACAUUUUAUAUACGAAUAAGGCUGUAUGUUUUGCACCUUCGAUGUAAACAAUAUUAAACUGCAGAUGAUGCUCUAUGUAAGUAACGAUAAGUACCAGAGAGGUGGAGAUGCACUGAAUGUGAAAAAUAAUAGCUCAUCUUUUGAAAGUGCAGCAGCAAAAUUAAGUCAGUUAAGUAUGGAAUGCUCGACGAGGGUAGAAUAAAAUGUGUAGGAAUCGUAGCGCAUAAUAGAGCACUGAAUAAUAAAAUACAGUGGACGGUUUUUGAUUCAUUAAUUGUUUCUCGAUCAGAAAAAUCGGAAAAAUCGAUAUUAUAUUUUGGCCAUGUUUGAAAAUUUCGCUUGUACUCUUUCCUUAAAUAAUGCAAUUUAAUAAAUUCUUCUACUGCAAA